AAAAUAAACCUCGGCCAAAAUCCCUAAUUUCCUCAUUUCUCCCCAUCUCUUUUCUCGAUUUCCACCAAUGGAUCAUAGAUUCAGCUCGACCUCUUCAUCUUUCUUCGGCGAUCUCACAAUCAGAGAGCUAAAUGGGUUCAGAGUGAGGAAAAGGCCUUACCUUGGCGACCUCUCGUCGGAGUCUGGAGUUGUUUCGAUUGAGCAUGAUGGGAUCACUACCCCGCCUCUCGCAGUCUCAUUCUCCAAGAGGAGAAGCUCGAAUCUUCUUGCAGUAGCGGAUGAGGAUGGGUAUGUGAGCUUCUAUGACACGCGCCGGAGCCUCCCUUCUUUGAGUUCUUGCCGGGAGAAAGCAGCCGAAGCUAGGAUUUGCGAUUGGACAGCGCAUAACAAUGCCAUCUUUGAUAUGUGCUGGAUAAAGGAUGACACUCAACUAUUAACUUCCUCGGGUGAUCAGACAAUAAAGAUAUGGAAUGCAGAGAAAAGGAAAUGCGUUGGGAUUUUGUCAGGGCAUACUGGAAGCGUGAAAUCUAUUUGCUCACAUUCAUCUAAUCCUGAGCUGCUUGUUUCUGGUUCAAGGGAUGGUUCAGUCGCUCUAUGGGACUUGAGGUGCAAGUCUAGUUCCACAAAUACACAUGGAGAACCACGCAUAUUUUGCAGGUCUACUGCUGUCAUUAAAGAAGCCCAUACUUCCUUUUGCGGAAAGAGGGUUAAGCGAGCAAGGGGUGCUUCCACAAGCAUUACAUCCAUACUUUAUCUCAAGGAUGAAAUGUCCAUUGCCAGUGCUGGUGCUGUAGACAGUGUGAUAAAGAUAUGGGAUACUCGGAAUCUGAAAGCUUCUAUUGCACAAGCAUGCCCUCACGCUGAGCCAUCUAUUGAAAAGAAAAAGGUAUUGCAUGGGAUCUCUUCUCUAUCUCAAGAUUCAAAUGGCGUGUUUCUUGCUGCUUCUUGCAUGGAUCAUAGGAUUUACUUGUAUGAUGUGAUGCAUCUCAAGAAGGGCCCUGCUAAAACAUUCACUGGAAGCAAAAUUGGGUCAUUUUAUGUCAAGUCAGCAAUUAGCCCUGAUGGGGUUCACAUUCUUGGUGGCUCUAGUGAUGGAAAUGCUUACAUAUGGCAGGUACGUAGGCCUGAAAGUAAUCCAAUCAUGUUGAAGGGACAUGAAGCAGAAGUUACUGCUGUAGACUGGUGCUCUUCUGACUAUGGGAAAAUAGCAACUUCAUCAGAUGACUUCAUGGUUCGAGUCUGGAAUAUAAAAAAAGGAAGCUCCAUUAGCACUAGAUCGCCAACUGCAGUUCGAAAGAGAGUAACUGCACAUUCAAGCAUUGAAUGCAGAAAGCUAAUGAUGGAUGAUUCUCAUUCGGGGUCAGGAGAUAUAGACAAGCACCUCUGCCAUUCAAAUGAAAUGAAAAUAAACUCACCCUCACCUAUUCAAACUGAGGCAGUUGAGUUCACUACACCAGAAUCCGGAAAGAAAAGAAAAAUUGAUAUGUUUCUAAAGAGUCCAGCCUCUGAAUCAGAUAGUCCCUCUUCUGUCUUAUAUCCCCCUCCCUCUUUGAAAAGGAGAACCAUUCGCGACUACUUUAUGUCUUCAUCUUGUAAUUCUUGAACCACACCAUUUUCUGUCUAAGCUAAGGCUUUUGAGUUUUGACCGACUGAGAGGCUGCUCACUCGAGAAUCCUCUCAAAGAUGAUUAUUGUGGAUAUAACUGUCUAGAGCAUCUAGUCUAAGAACUGCCAGCUAUUAACAUUUUUGUCUGAUACCCAUGAAGCUGGGGUAGUAAAUAUAUGUUGUGUUGCGCCAAAAAUUUGUUGCCGAAGAUCAUAAGUUUAUCUCUAUCAGCAAGAGUACUUGAGAAAUACUUUUGUAACUGCUCUCUGAUCAAGAUACUAGGCCAAUUAUGGGGCCAAGAAAUGCUUGUAUUACAGGAUACUGUGACAUGAGCAGGCUCUAAACAUCUACUUAAAAUUUGUAAAUUGUUGACCUGAUGUAUAAGCAUAUUGAUUAAU